AUGGACGUGUUGAAAUCAGCGAGAAGGGUCAUCCGGAGUCCGAGUGUCUCCAAGCAACCGUGGCACGCAGCUAAACAUAAAAAGCUUCCAGAGAACUGGACAGACAUGAGGGAGACCCUUGUGGAUGGCAUGACCUUUAACCUCAGGUACAUGGGAAUGACACUGGUUGACCAGCCCAAAGGUGAAGAUGUGUCAGCUGCUGCCAUCAGAAGGAUCGCUGCAACGGCUAAAGCUGGUGGCAAGAAGCUCCUUAAAGUUUCGCUUACAGUCUCUCCUCAGGAAAUGCUCAUUUACGACCGUAUAUCCAAUCAGCCACUAGAGUGCAUCUCUAUAUACAGAAUGUCGUAUUGCACUGUGGACAAAACGCACAACAAAGUGUUUGCCUACAUCGCUCAGAACCAGCAAAAUGAGACGCUGGAAUGCCACGCGUUCCUCUGUGCCAAGAAAAAAGUGGCUCAGGCUGUGACACUUACUGUUGCUCAAGCCUUCAACCUGGCCUUCGAGUCCUGGCAGCUCGGCCAUGAAGAGAAAGAAGAGAAGCCUGGCUUGGUUGUAGAGACGAGUAAUAAUACUCCAUCUGAUGUAUCAGUCUCUCUGCUCAGCCUGAAUGGAACUGAUGCAGUUAAAGAGAACUUGUUGGACUUUGAGGAUUGCCCCAAGGUUCAGGUAGAAAACUGUGAAAAUCUGGAGAACCAUCUGGAGAUGCCUAAAAAAACUGAAAACAACAUCAUCUGGGAGGUAAAUGAUGGUCUGGAUGAAGCCUUUUCAAGCUGCAGUUUGGAAAGCUUUGAGUACUGUGCAGGUAAUAGUUUUAGGCUUGCCGAGUCCCGUACUAACCCCCAGAUCCUGGACACUGGGCUAAAUUAACCACGCAACAUAGACAACCUUUUAGGCCCUCGAGAGCACAUUGUAGAGGUUUGGAGUCGGUGCUGAUUUCCUCCAGGUACUGCAAAGAGCCUGAAGAUUACAGCGAACAGAGUGACCUAUAU